UCAUUUCCGCACACAAGGCUGUUGGUAGUUAUGGUUACGGCAGGCUUUAGUUUGGAGCUUUGUUUCCGGAUGCUAUGGUCGCAGAGUAACAGCUGUGGUUGUUGUAACAGUAUGAGCUUUUUGAAUGUAUAUAGUCGUGAGCUUUUGAUGGUUUCAGUUAAGUGAUAGAGUUUGAAUUUUCUUUCCAUGUCUUUGAAACUACAUUAAAUGGCCUCUUAUACACACGAAGAGUUUGAACUCAGCCAGAAACAUGAAGAUAUGUGAGUCCUUUCAGUUGUACUCAUCGACUGGGGAAAAGAGCAUUACUGCUGCAGCAGAUGGAAGCGCAUUAUGAACAGCAGAAGGCUAAGAAGAAACAGCAGUGUCUGAUGUCUCAAGCAGCGAAGGAGAGGAAUGCUCAGAUCCUUAAGGAUUUACAGAAUGCUGAAAAAAAUCUUCAAACCAGACAGCUUCUUCACCCAGAUAUUAUAAACCUUGAGAAACUGUGUGCCUGUCAGGACCGUCAAAAUGAAUCGAAAAGGGAUGGUUAUAAGACUCUUUAUUGGGCCUCAGUUGAAUGCAAACUACCGGAAUGGGAGCAGUAUUUGCUUGGGAAAGGGCAACCGCCGGUGAGUGAGACUGGGAGCUUGCUUAGACAACAGAAAUUGAAAACUAGACAACAAGAUUCCUCCCCUGCACAAUGCAAGGGUAAACCCCCUCGACCCAAACCUAGAUGAGCUGUCUGAUGUGUGUAACUUAUUUAUAUUUUUUGCCCAAAACUGUUAUUUGUAUUUAUUUAUCUUUAUGCGUUAUAUGUUUGAUUUAAAUAUUAUAUAUGCAAGUACUGUAUAAAUGUGUUCAUUCAAUACUGCAUUAACAUUUUCGCAUAUACAAGUACAUCCACAUGGGGGCAAUACUGACUACGUUUUCUGUAACUACACCACUGUCUUUUCUUCUGUGUAUUGAAAAAUAAAUGACUGAAUCACUUGUAAAAAUCAGUUGCUGUGAUUUACAAUGAAGUAAUAAAACUAUUAUUUUUGCUGUUAGAUAUCAAAUUAAAUGGUAUUAUUGAAGUUACUUUAAAAUUAUGUCAGAUUAGUUUACAAGUAAAAAAAGGAUUAUCCAUAUAGUGUGUCAAAUAAUAAACAUGUUUUCAAGAAAAACUAAUUUAUCAUUCUAUUUCCUGACCCACUAUUUCCCUCCAAAUUUACAUAACAAUAGCUGUAUCUAAGUUGCAUUAGGCACUGCUAAGCAUUACAUUUUCCGAUGUCCAGCCUUAAUCCAAAAUCUUGUCUCAAGACGCACAAAUGCAAAUUUGUGAGGGAAAAUCUGUGCAAAAAUGCUGCUUUUAAAUGCACCCCUAAACCUCAUUGCCUCCUACCUGAACCCUCAACAAUGAGGUCAUCGCACAAAGCCUCUCUGAGCACUUGGACUGUCCAUGCGAUAAUUGCUCUUGUAUUGCCUGUCUGUUGAAGGGUCAGCCACUUGAGUUUAGAGUUAAGUUGUCUAUAACUCUGAAAAUGACGCAUUUGAUUUGUUCUUUGAUCAGGUUUGUUGUUUAUCUAGCGUUUUCUCAUAUUCAGACCGGUAGUUUUGGGAAUCCAGGCAUGAAACAAGCUCUAAAGUAGCUUGAAUCUAAGUGUGUAUAUAUAACAAACGUUUUUUU